UAUAUGUGUGGUAUUGAUGUAUAAACUAUAAAAUAUGUUAAAAAAUGACCACCAUGGUAUGUUAAGGUCAAGAUAAUUGUAACCACAUAUCAAACCAAAUCGUAUUCCUCCCUUGAAAGUAUAAUUACACUUAAAAAUGUCACAUAAUCUAAUUCGGUGCUUAUGUUAAUUUUUCCGGUUCAUAAGCUCAUCGAGCUCAAGUCAAAUUAUUUUCCGACCCUAACCCAUAUUUCUCCGAGCUCAAGCUCGACUCGUUAUCACAUAGUGUUAGCUUAGUCACAUGCCAGAGUGCUUUCAAAUGGGUCAUAUUACUACCACAAAAUAGCUUUUUAAAAAUCCAGUUACCUCAAGAGGUCCGUCUAGUUAAUCUUGUUGUUUGGCAAAUUAAAACAUCCGAUGAAAUUAUCAUAAAUAUGACAUCUUGAGUACAAUGUACUCCAUCUGUUCCUUACUGUUUUUUUCAUUUGAAAUCUUGACACCAUUCACAAUGGACGAAAAUCUUUUGAAUCAUUUUCAAUAUAUAAGUAAAAAUAUAGUCAUGUCAGGUCUUGCUUGAUUCACUCAAUAAGUUCCUUAACAAUACAAAAAAUUAUGGAGUAUAAUUUUUAGUAACACGGAAUUAGAUGUAAAAUGUAGAUCGACAAAUGUGCCAAAUGGAAAUGGGAAGAACAUUUAGGAACAGAGGAAGUAAAAUAUUUCAUACAUACAAUUAAGGAUGGUUGUGGGACGCCCGACCCGACACGAGCAUGAAAAAAUAAGGCAAGGCACGACACGACUCCAUCCGCCAUGACAAAAUAUGCUAAAUUUUGUAAAAUUAGGCUUAGAUACAACAGUCCGUCCCGAUCCGACCAACCCAACGCCCCACGAGGACAUGUGGGUAUGGACCCUAUUUUAAAUAUUCAGCCCAACACAUACCGACCCGAUACAAAUUGGGCUUGACGUGAUCCAAGUCCGUUCAUGGGGCUCGCCCAAAAGCCCGACUGGCCCGACCCACAACCAUAUUUAUUACUCCCUCCGUAUUUAUUUAAGGGAUACACUUGUCUUUUCCGUUCGUGUUUAUUUAAGAGAAACAUUUGCCAUUUUUAGGAACUUAUCAACCCAACCAUCUAAUUCAAUAAUACAUCUAAUUUACCAUAUGACCCACCAUCCUAUUAAACAAAAAAAUUCAGAAACCCACCCCACCUCCCACCCCCCAAAAUAACAUGGUCCUCACUUGUUUAAUUAUUAAAAUACCUACCCAACUCAACUUGCUUUAUUAUUUUAUUUCACUCAAUUCUUUUUCUUAAUAACCGUGUCCGAUCAAGUGUAUCCUUUAAAUAAAUACGGAUUGAGUAUAAUCCAAUUGAGUUUAUUUUUAUUUUUAAGUAUUAAAAGAAAUUAAUAAAAAGAUGCACAAUUUGAACAUUCUACAUUACGACAAUGCCCCUUGAUCCUUCUUUUAUCCAUGAAGGGGAUUGUUUGGCAACUUUUCCCGGCAACAGACAGACCACUCCCGCGAGUCAAACCAGUACAACUGAAAGUUUCUAAAAAUAGAAAAUAUGAGGGAGGGAGAAGCGGUGGUGCUUGCUAAUAGCGGCGGCGAUGAACACCAAGGAGACGGUGGCAGCUUGGUGGAUUAUGCGGUGGAUAUUUACCCUUUAAGCCGUUACUAUUUUGGGACUAAAGAUGCUCUUUCUACAAAAGAUGAGACCCCUGCUGACUCUCUUCUUCGCUUGAAAUCCAAUUAUGAAGUUCGUGGAUUAAGGACUAGCGUUCAAGGUGUUAUUUUGGUAGAGUUGUUCAAACAUCCACAUCUCUUAUUACUACAAGUGAAGAAUACAACAUUUAACCUUCCUGGAGGCCGUUUAAGGCAGGGUGAUUCAGGGGUGUUUGUUCUCUUAUUUGCUUGUGUAGUAGAUCUUGAAGGGUUGCAACGCAAACUUUCGAGGAAGCUAUCACCCGAUGAAGGUAGUGAUAACUCCGAUGAGAUAGAAUGGGAGGAGUGUACCAAGCUCUUUAUGGUGAAGUUGCCAGUAUGUCGGAAAUUCAUUGUGCCAAAGAACAUGAAGCUGCUGGCUGUUCCAUUGUGCCAGGUUCAUGGGAACCACAAGACAUACGGAUCCAUUAUAGCAGGAAUCCCGCAGUUAUUAUCAAAAUAUUCCUUCAACAUGAUUGAGGCUUAGCAGCUUAUGGAGUUGAAGUUUUUCAUGGAAACGAUGUGAUGAAAUCGACCUAUUAUGUUCGUGAUUGUGCGUAGUUUACUGGCACUUUCUUUGUAGUUUGUACAGUGUACUUGAGUAAAUUCAUAGCUAGGUUGGUUGAAUGGUUGUGGUUGUACCGUUGUAAUUUGGUACUCCGUAUGUUACAUAUAAGGGGUCGUUUGGUUCAACAAA